AGACCUCAAUCACUAAACACAACUGUAAAUCGACAGAAUUAUCGGACAACAAGUAAUUCAAACAAAAACGCAGCAAGUCCCGUAGCCACGAUAAGCUCUUCUCUUGUAUUGAAUGUCUCCGAGGAAUCAAAUAAAGUCGAUACUACAGAUUCUCGUGUUCAAAGUUCAGAUGAUAACUUACAAUCAGUAUUAUGUACAGCAAACGACAUAAACUCACCGUCAGAUACCCCUCCAAAACUACCUCCUCGUAUGGUGACAUCGAACAACUGCAAUUUCCUGAUAUCCAAAAAAUCUCUAGCUCCUGAAAAAGUUGAAAAAUUUAGCACACCACACAUGAAUACCCCUACAGAACAACAGCAACAGGAUGAAAUUGGAACAGAUGAUUUUUGUAGUCGAUCGGCUAGUCCCUUUGUAAAUCAACCAAUAAAAACUUAUUUCUCAAAUUCAACGGAACCUGUUAUUCCUAUAAAACUUGAUAAUGAUGGUAAUACGGAAAAACCGACAUAUCCUUCAACGAAACUAUCAACACAAGUCCAAGAACCUGAAGUAACAAAAGAAUCUAUGGAUUCAUCCCAUGAACAGCAUACAUUUCGAAUAGUAAAACCAGUUAAUCCAGCUGUUUAUCGACGGUUUAUGGAACAAAGAAUGGCAGAUAUUGGUAGAAUACACCGCGAACGUAAGGAAAGACGUGAUCGUCUUGAAUCCGAAAUGUCUAAAGUUGGUUUAGAUGAAAAUGCUCGUGUUCAAAUGCGCUGUUUGCUUCGCAAAAAGGAGUCUAAUCACAUGCGAAUGCAACGUGCUAAAAUGGACCAAUCAAUGUUUUACAGGAUAAAACAUUUAGGUGUUGGAGCAUUUGGCAAAGUAUGGCUUGUACGCAAAAAGGAUAAUAACCAACUAUAUGCCAUGAAGUUAUUAAAUAAAAGAGAUGUUGUAGAACGCCGACAGUUAGCUCAUGUACAAGCUGAAAGAGAUAUUCUAGCUGAGGCAGAUAAUGAGUGGGUCGUGAAAUUGUUUUUUUCAUUCCAAGAUUCACGAGCACUUUACUUAGUUAUGGAGUAUAUUCCUGGUGGUGAUAUGAUGUCAUUGUUAAUUAAAAAAGGUAUUUUCGAAGAACCGUUAGCACGAUUUUAUAUCGCUGAAUUGACAUUAGCAUUGCAGAGUGUUCACGCUAUGGGAUUCGUUCAUAGAGAUAUCAAACCGGACAACAUUCUCAUUAAUCGUGAAGGACAUAUUAAAUUAACAGAUUUCGGUUUGUGUACUGGCUUUCGCUGGACACAUAGCUCCAAAUAUUGGGAUUUAGACUUCAAUAUACCUUGUUCCUCACCCAGCCGUAAUAGGAUAAAUCGAGCUAAAACAGCUGAACCACCUGAGUCAACCAAAUUAACUGAAGAUCAGAUCACGAAAAGCUGUAAAGAAUGUGACGAAGACGAUGUUACAACUAUAGAAAAGGAAGAGGUUGGGGUACUGGAACAAGUGCACAAUUCCCGUCAAACAAAUGGUAAACAAUUCACAGCGUUAAGGGGAGUACACCAUGACAAAACACUUGAAAGGCGUAGAAAUAGUUUUGCUAAUCGCCGAUGUGCCCAAUCUUUGGUUGGAACGCCGAAUUACAUCGCACCAGAAAUUUUGCGCAGGCAAGAUUACGGACAAGCCUGCGACUGGUGGUCAGUUGGAGUGAUUUUAUACGAAAUGCUUGUUGGACAACCUCCUUUCCUAGCUCAGACAGCGGCAGAUACUCAAAUUCGUGUUGUCCAGUGGUAUAAUUACCUUAAGUUGCCCGGUGAGCCACGAUUAAAAAAAGAUGCAAGCAAUCUUAUACGUCAACUCCUCCGAGAUCCAUCUGAUCGACUAUCUGAUCCAGUAAAAAUAAAAUCCCAUCCUUUCUUUGAAUCAGUUGCAUGGGAUAAACUUGUUCAGCAAACGCCCCCAUACGUUCCAACAAUUCGUGAUGAAUUGGAUACAUCCAACUUUGACCCAGUUGACGAUGAACGUACACUUUAUAGUAGUGGGAACAAUCAUAGUUUGGAUUAUUCAUCGGCUAACAAUACUCAAUUACCAUUUCCAAACUUUACAUUCAAACGAUUUUUCGAUCGUGAUCCAACCACUAUCCAAACUCCGUAAUCUCACUUUUCUGAUUCAGAUUCCUGGCUUUUUUUAUAAUUCAUCUGUAUCAUUACUAAUGAUCCAUUUUUAGUAUCAUUGUAAUGGAAUCAUAAGUGGCAUUUACAGAAUAAGUCAUAUAUGUUUUAACAUACUUCUUGUCUUAUCCCAUGCUUUUAAGGAAACCUCUAUGCUGUACAGAAAGUUUUAUACUUUUUCUGUUGAUUCUGCUUUGAAGAUAUGUUUUAUUUAACAGUUUUCAUAUCUGAAUAUAUUUCUCUUUAUAUAUAUUAUCUUUCUGGGUUUCGUCAAUUGACAGUCUCAAAUUCACUUUGUAAAAUUCAUUUGUGAAGCGUUAAAUAAUUACGGCAGUUUCACAAAUAAUCUAUAUAAAUUAUAUAUUAAAUUGAACUUCAUGAGUAGAAAUGCAAACGCGUAC